AGUGUGGCUCGAUUCACCACAGGCUCGUCCAUUAAAACAGAUCGCUUUUUAUCGCUAUUUCUUAUGAAAAAUAGCUGUUUUCGCUGCUGAUAUCAAUUGAGACAAAUGAAAAUGUUUGGACGGCUAUACUUCAUGCUCCUGCUGAGCGUUGGUUUGGUAGACUGCCUGUCUGUUGUUAAAGAGUGUAUCACAAAUAAUGGGGAGGACUACAGAGGAACUCAACAGAAGACAUCUUCAGGGAGCACGUGCCUCAGUUGGAGGAGUCUAAACCUGAAGUUUAAAGACUCACAGACGGGUGUUGGAGAUCACAAUUUCUGUCGUAAUCCAGAUGGUUCAAAUAAACCCUGGUGCUAUGUCUCCGGGUCAAGUGGAGAAACCAAAAAAGAAGCAUGUGAUAUCAGGAUAUGCCAAGACCAAAAUGCCACUGAAGCGCCGGCUCCAGAAGAGUCUGUCCCCACUCAGGGACUCACCCAAAGAAUGGUGGAGACGUUCGAGCCUGCAAACUCUUUCCCCUCACAGGUGGAGGGUGCAGCGGUGCAGCCCGUGAAAGGGGUCCGCCAGCAGGUCAGAAGUGGACCCAAAAAGAAAAAAGACCUUGGGACUCUUGGUUAUGUUCUCGCUGUCUUCAUGAUGGCCAUUAUCAUCCUACUUGGAGGAGGCAUCACGAUGGGAUACUUCUAUAAACGGGGUCGUGACCUCAAGAAGCAGCAUGAGCAGCGGGUUCAUGAGCGUGAGAUGCAUCGGAUCACACUCCCUCUCUCUGCCUUCGCCAACCCCACCUGUGAACUGGUGGACGAGAACACCAUUGUCAUCACAGCUGAACCCAACAACCAGACCCCCACUCAGGAGCCCGUGGAAGGGGCUGAUCCCCUGAUGGGGUCAGCUGGGACCCCCGGAGCCUGAUGGAGGAGCCCAACGUGAGCCCCUAGAUUAGAGGCUAGUUAAGACGCGUGUAUGCAGCAAUGCAGAAUCUCAGAGGACCAAACCCCACAUCCACCUUACUCUGCCUGUCGUCUCUUUUCUCUUUACCUUGACUUUACAGCACGGUUUGAUGGUAAAGGUAGGGCAUGUGCCCCGAGAGAGUGGUGGAAUUUCGAUAUCAUCCCAGACUUGGCCCUUAUUUUCUCAAUAAAGCAGUUGGGUUAAGUAGGGCACGCAAGGAUACACGAAAAUGAUGGUCUUGUGUAAAUAUGCAUGCCAGAGAUUUACCUGCAGAAAAAUUGCAAGUGUAUUUUGUGCAUAUCAUCACAGGGCAUGAAUACUUCCCUCUUAACAAACUCCAAAAGAGAGGCCGACAGUCUUGUUAACUGCUUCAUGUCCCUUUAUGAAGGGUUGAUGGGACGUUGCAGUGUUUUGAAAGAGAAGACGGUUCAUUGUUCUCUUUUCUGCAUUUGUUUUUGUUCCUAAUGCACUGGGGUGGAGAGUUGAAACUGAAUAUGUUGCUCUGCAGCUGGGCUGUUCACUCCAUAGAGAGCUUUGGUUUGCAUCUAGAGCUUUGCCUUUUGAUGGCUCUUUCCAGAAAUCCAUACUCAUUAGGCAGAUCAUGUGGCCUGAGAUUGAGAGUCGAGCUAGGUGAAGGCUUUGACUAAAUGAAAAGAAGGCUUUCCGUAGAUCUUGCCUUAGUAAAUCAUGUGUGAAUGUGUUAUUGUUUCUGUGGCUACAAUCUGAUAGAGGAGCGGGAGAUCGCUGCCGUGACUUCAGCAAACCAAUCACAAAAUGGGUUUGAUUUAGCGGGCUGUGGUUACAUUUACUGUAUCAAUGUUCGUUUGCUCCUGACCAUGCAGAUGGGCCGAAAAGAAUGAUGGAGAUUGUAGCAUGAGCCCCUGAGAAAAGGAUCUUGUGAGAAUAUGGUUUUAUUCCAUUAAAGCAAAAGAAUCUAAAGAAGGAUGACUAUCAGAAUUAUGUCAAAAGGAUUGUAUUGUCUGAAAUGGGACUGAUUUCUUUCUUUUUACUUUGGAUGUAUGAAUUGGUUUUCCCAUUGUUCAUUGGAUUGUACAACUGCUUAAGGUUAAAGAAAUGAUUAUUUUUUGGCAGAUUGUACUGCUAUUAAAUAAAAUCAGUUUAAAGAAAA